UUUUGCGGAGAACUUCAAAUCUCACGGUCAGGGUUCGAAUUCUAGUCCAUUGAGGGACCCACGAAAUGACGACGUGUCUUUUAUGAAUGGCUUCCGGACUCGAUUAAAAUAUGAGAUAAUCGAUCCUGUACGGCCUGCUAGACGUGAUUUUGGUUGCAGGGCGGGACCUGAAAAGUUGUGCGAGGAAAACGCAUGAAGAUUCUCCACUAGCGAAGGAGAGAGCCUUCCUGGGAAGUGCUUCAAGAUCUCCAAAUUUGCAGAUCCAUAUGCCGUUUACACGAUGUCGUUCCUAUACUGACCAUCCCUCUCGUCUCUCGGGUGAUCCAAAUUGGCGCCCAAGAAGAACGAUUUGAUCUCGUCUGUCUUGGCCUCGUAGUCGUCCAUGGAUAGAAUUGCAGUUCCGGGUUUGCUUCGGCGGUUCGACGACCACUAUAGGUAUCGGCGACAGAGGAGAGUUGGACGUGCCAGUAAGGGUGGCCAAUGCUCGGUCUGGAUCACUUUGAUGGUGGUUUUCUUUCUGCUGUAUGCGUCUUUCGUGGGUCCGAAGUUUUGGUUCCGCAGUCAAUCAAGUACUGGUCCAACCAAGGAUGACCUUUGGCUGAAAAGAGCUGUUGAGUCCUUUUACUUCAAUUCAGGGGAGAUGGACUAUUCACUGUCAGGAAAUAUCCAAAAAUCCAUCACAGAUACUGGUCAAGAUUCAGAUUCCAUAGAUACAGCUGCAAGGGGUGAGCUGCAGAAAUCAGCAAUGAUCCUGGUCCAGAAUGAAGGAGCUGCGAAUGAACAUAAAGACAAUGCUAAUAUCAUUGAACAUGGAUCUUACAUUAUGCAAAAGUUUCCAAGUUUUGGUUCUCAGGUUGAGCAUGUUCCCGAUAGAGUUUUGGAGGAACAAAAUGACCUCAAUAAGAGUCCUUUAGAAGAGAGCUUAAGGAAUAUGGUGAAUCAAGCAUCUGGAUUGAAAGUAAAUAUAAGUGAGAACACCUCUGGUGGUGGGAGUCUGGGGCAUCCUAAAGUCAAACGCCAUAGGAAUAAAUAUUUUCCAUGUAACAUUGGGUUUCUAGAUUCAACUGACAGUAUAGUUGAACCCAGAGACUUCCAAAAUUUCACUCAUUUUUCUCUUGAGUAUGUUGUGAAAGAGGAAAAUCUGUAUGGUAAUGAACCUAAAUUUGGUGGCCACCAGAGCCUCGAGGAAAGAGAGAAUACAUUUUUUGCUAGAGAUCAAACGCUUCACUGUGGAUUCGUAAAAGGUCCUGAAGAAUCACCAAGCACUGGGUUUGAUAUAGAUGAGAAAGAUAAGGAGUACAUGAAUUCCUGUCAGAUUGUUGUAUCGUCUUGCAUUUUUGGAAACUUUGAUUUCUUAAGGCAGCCAGCAAGCAAAAAGAUUACAAAGCGGUCAAGGGAGAAUGUUUGCUUUGUUAUGUUUGUGGAUGAGUUAACAAUGAAAAGAUUGUAUGUGGAGGAACUUGCUGUGGAUGAAAGAGGAUAUAUUGGCUUAUGGAAAAUUGUUAUUGUAAAGAACUUGCCAUACACAGAUUUACGCAAGGCAGGAAAAGUUCCAAAGUUCUUGUCACACCGGCUUUUCCCAGCAUCUAGGUAUUCAAUAUGGAUUGAUAGCAAACUGCGGCUUCAUGCUGAUCCACUGUUAAUCCUUGAACAUUUUUUGUGGCGAAAAGGAGCAGAAUAUGCUAUUUCAAACCAUUAUGAUAGACAUUGUGUCUGGGAAGAGGUGCUUCAAAACAAAAGAUUGAACAAGUACAAUCACAGGGCCAUUGAUGAGCAAUUUCUUUUUUAUCAGUUUGAUGGUCUCAGGAAAUUUAAUGAAUCAAAUGAAAAUAAUGUUCUUCCAAGCUAUGUUCCAGAAGGAUCUUUCAUUGUUCGUGCUCACACACCAAUGUCAAAUCUAUUUUCAUGCCUUUGGUUUAAUGAAGUGAAUCGUUUCACCUCACGUGACCAGCUGAGCUUUGCCUAUGCUUACUUGAAGCUUCGCAGAAUGAACCCAGAGAAAGCUUUCUUCUUGAACAUGUUUAAGGAUUGUGAAAGGAGGACAAUGACAAAGCUUUUUCGCCACAGAGCAGAAAUCAUGCCUUAGCCUACUCUUGCUUGACUGCUUUGUUAUAUCUCAAAGUUUAUUUUUGGCAAUUAUUCAAGUUUCUAGGGAGAACUUGUGAGACUAUCAUUCAGAUAAUUUGGUUCUUGCACCUUACUGAUAGCAUAAAAUUGCUUUGAAAUGGACAAUUUAUAGUUUCUGUAGGGUCUUCUUUUCCCUUAUAGAUGAUUUUUGCAGCAUUUUUAUCAGUCAUGUACACUCCCCUGCACAUUUCUUUAAUAAUGCUGCUGGUCAUUUAGAAGAAAACCAAAGAUGCAGAUGAUCAGUUUUGCA